CUGCCAGAAUUUGAGAGGACAGCAGCGUUUUGCAGAAAACACAUUUGCUGUGUGUCUUAAAAGCUUUCUAAAGAAGUCUACGGAAGAUAUUCUGCAUAUGGGUGUGUGGAUUUAAAGCUCCAGGAGAGCACCGCAGAAACUGUGAGUCAUGGGCGGCGUUUCCCCUCAGUGUGCGUCCUCCAGAGGGAAGAAAAAGCUCCCAUAUGGGGGGAGAAAGCUCAGGGGCUGCAUGCAGACUCAGGAAAUAAGUCUGCUGCAUGCAUGAAUCCGUGUCGGAGAUUCAACCAGCGAUUAAAGCAUAUUUUCCACUCUUUUUUCCUGCAAAAUCACCAAGAUGUGGAGGAGCCUCUGGAGCUAAGAGAUCCAUGAACCCGGGCUGAGAGCCUCUCCUCCGGGGCUGGAGAAGCGACAGCAGGUCGGGUCAGGCUUGGUUGUUUGUGGACUAAAUAAAAGUGGAUUUCUUCAGGAACGAUUUGGAUCAAACACAGUGUGCAGGAACAUCGUGGAUCAAUCCUUCAUGUUGCUAACCCUGGCUGUCCUCGUGCUGCUGGAUGUCCCACCUCCCUUUAGGUGAGACAGAAACUCUCUAACCUGCCGUUUGUGCACCGACAUGGAUAAACUCACGGUGAUUUCAGGAUGCCUCUUCCUCACUGCAGACAUCUUCGCCAUCGCCAGCAUCGCCAACCCGGACUGGAUCAGCACUGGAGGAGCAUCCGGCACUCUGACAGUAGGUCUCGUCCGUCAGUGCCAGACGAUCCACGGCAGAGAGCGGACCUGCUUCCCCCCCCAGCUUCCUCCAGAGUGGAUCACCACGCUCUUCUUCAUCAUCCUGGGCAUCAUCUCCCUCACCGUCACCUGCGCUCUGCUGGUGAUGUCCCACUGGCGCCGAGAAGCCGCCCGAUACGCCCGAUGGAUCGCCUUCACAGGAAGUACGUUCGUUUCCAUCGUAGCCAGCUCCCUUUGA